AUGGAGGAUGACUUCUUUAACGUACUCGACGCUAAAAGAGAGUUAAGACAGGGUAUAGUGGAUUGUCAAAAACGUGGUUUAGUGUACAGCGUCAAAUGGUUAGCUGAAAUGUGCCACGACCUUGCGAACGUGGAUAUUGACGGCAAGGAUGAAAAAGAUAAUUUCAUAGCACCGAAAGAAUAUGAUAUUUAUUUUCUGGCUAAAAGUUACUUUGAUUGCGGAAUGGUAUCAUAUCAUAUUUAUGCCACUUAUAUGGCAGUGGAGAAACGACGAUUGGAUUCGACCACGGAUCAAUCGAAUCUAAAUGACUCAGGUCACUUUAAAGAGCUGGGUGAGAUUUUGGUUACUUUGCGGGCAGAGCAUUCGCGAAAUAAAUUAGAUGGUUUCGGCAUGUAUUUAUACGGUGUUCAACAGGAAGGGCCAGUUUGA